GUACUUAAAAUCGCCAUGAAGUUCGCUCUAUUCGCUCUCCUCGCAUUGGCCGUGGGUCUGGCCCAGGGCACGGACUACUGCUCGUGGGACAUCUGCAAUGGGGGAUCGCAUAUCGCCUGCGGUCACAGCAACUGGUGGGACAGCGCCUGUCCCGGGGAUGCGCAGCUGAUCGACAUCAACGAUGACUACAAGUGGGUCUUUGUCCACUCGCACAACGACAAGAGGAACUACAUUGCUGGUGGAUACGAUCCCAACCAUAACGCCGCCUGCCGCAUGGCCACCAUGGAGUGGGACGACGAGCUGGCCUACCUGGCCUCCCUGAAUGUCCGCCAGUGCGAGAUGAGGCACGACGGCUGCCACAACACCGAUGCCUUCAAGUACUCUGGCCAGAAUCUCGCCUGGCUGGCCUACUCCGGCGAUUUGCCCGACUUGGGCACCGUUUUCGACAACAGCGUCCAGAUGUGGUUCGAUGAGGUGCACAACUCCAACAGCGGCAUCAUCGAAGGUGGCUACCCCAGUGGCUACUCCGGACCGGCCAUUGGUCACUUCACGGUGAUGAUGUCGGAGAGGAAUACCCGUGUGGGCUGUGCCGCCUCCAAUUACCGUCGCGAUGGUUGGAACCAGGUCCUGGUCGCCUGCAACUAUGCCACCACCAACAUGAUCGGCAGACAGAUCUACUCCACCUGCGGCUGGGGCGCACAGGGCUGCGGUUCCGGCACCAAUGGAGAGUUCGGUAACCUCUGCUCCCCCUCCGAGUGGUACGAUGUGAAUAGCUGGUAAAAGGAAACAAGCCCCAAUGAAGCCUUUUAAAUUAAAGAGCUAUUCAGCAAAAUUUGAGAAUUACAUAAUA